UCCCCCAUCUCAAGCUUUAGCACUUUUCAUCAUGGAUACCCUCAUCUUGUUCUCUUUUCUCUUUCUCCUUUUAUGUGCAACAGCAGCAGAGCCUUGUUCCAUUGCUAUGUGUGGCAAAAACAAAGUCCCUAUACGGUUCCCUUUCCGUCAACAAGGUAAACAAUCCCGAAACUGUAGGUACCCAGGCUUCGACCUCGGAUGCGGUAGUCAAAACACGGUUUAUCUAAAGCUUCCAUAUUCCGGAGAAUUUUACGUUCGUGAUAUCAAGUAUCUCGAUCAACAGAUAAGUCUAUACGACCCCAGUGGUUGCCUUCCCAAGCGGCUUCUCAGCUUAAACCUUUCUGCUUCUCCCUUUGUGGCUGUUUUUAUUCAGAACUACACCUUCUUAAACUGCCCAACUCAGAUCACAACGUCUCGGUUCAAUGCCAUUGAUUGCCUAAGCAAUUCAACAAGCUCGAUCUUGGCUACUUCUUCCGCGAGGCUUGCGAAUAAAAUGGCCUCAUCAUCGUGUCGUAUCAUCACCGUAUUGCUGAUUCCCGUUUCGUGGCGAACUAAGGACGACGAAGAAUUAACAGCAGCGCUUGAUGCAGACAUUCAGCUGACAUGGAAUGCACCUCAAUGCGGCAACUGCGAAGAGCAAGGAGGAAUCCGUGAGUUAAAGAGCAACAGCAGUGAAGAAAUCGACUGUUUUCAUACACCAAGGAGAAAAGGUAGGGGUCUUCAAGUUUUCAGGGUCAUCUCUUUGUGUAUUGCUCUACCAGCACUCUCCGGGGCAAUAGGAAUCACCGUUUUUGCAUACUUCCAGGAUCGAUUCAAUCCUUCCCGGAGAAAUCCAUAUCCAAUGCAGCUGAACAACGGUACUGCAGAAGUGUUGCCACAACCUGUUCUUGUUGUAACAGGGCUGGAUGAGUCCACAAUUGAAUCAUAUGAGAAGAUAGUGCUCGGCGAGAGCUGGAGAAUACCCGGCCCCAAUGACAGCACUUCCCCUAUAUGUUUGUCUGAAUACCUUAGCCAAGACAUUAUCAGGUGCAUACCGAAAUGCAAACACAGCUUCCACGCAGAAUGCAUCGAUGAAUGGCUACGGAUGAACUCUAUGUGCCCGGUGUGCCAAAAGUCUCCUGCGGCAGAGGAUGCUAGUUCACGUAAUGACCCUGUUUGAU